CUCCUAAAUCAUUACUACCUUUUGGAGGACGUACUAGUGAAUAUAUUGACUUCAGUCUGUCUAAAGAAAGCUAUUAAAAAAAAAAUAAUAAUAAUAAAUAAUUCAUUGAUUAACAUUCAGGGCAUCUUGGUUGAUACGCCUGGUCAUUAAAUACUUGUAACCAACUUUCUUGGAAAAAUAUUGUAUUAAUUGCAAAGGAGUAUGUUUUGUAACUUUUAAAUCAAGUGCUGAAAAUGUUGUUAAUUUUUGUUUUGAAGUGGUCUGUACGUUUUCACAUCCAUCCCCGUACAUUAAAAUAUCAGAUCUGGUCUUAAAACACAAAUUAGUAGCUUUGAAUUCAUAGCAUCUACUGUUUUAUUAAAUUUUUUUAUAAAUGAAACAGCAGCUUUAUAAUCUGUCAAAGCAGGAAUCGAAUCUUCAUAAUACUCCAUUGAAGCUGCAUGGAUCCAACAAAAAUUAACUGCAAGACGAUUCUGAUGUUAAUGAUGAUAGAAUUAUAAUUUAGCCACGAGGGCUGCCUCUCUUAGAUUCUUCAUACUUCAAAAAGAUCCUUAUUCUUAUUGGAGUAAUGACAAAUUUUUCAACAAAUUUCAAAUGAGUAAAAUUCAGUUCUUUUUGUUUUCAAACGCCAAUUGCAUCUGUAAUAACUAAUUUAUACCGCGAGCUGUGACAUACCUCAAACGAUCACAAUUCAGUUAAGCUCCAGUCUUAGUGCAACCACUACAACCGCUGUCUCUACACAAAUUCACAUUACACCGAGCCACCACCAUCACUCAUCACUCAUCGGUUAUAUUGUUCACGGGAAGUGUUCGCUGCACAAAUAAAAAUGAAGACAUCAAUCAGUAUCACUAUUAUCCUAAUUGUAUGUUUGAAGUGUUUGAACAUUGUUAUGGGGACACCAUUACAUCCAUUGCAUCAUGAUGAGCGUUAUAUGAAUCGGAUGCAACAGUUUUGCGGCCAGCGUUUAACAAGAGAGCUGGACAUUUUAUGUGGCGGUGACUACUAUGACACCAAUGAUAAAGCUCAUCCAAUGCAAAAAAGGAUCACUGAAGAAUGUUGCAGUAGACAAUGUUCUAGAAAUUACAUCAAAAUGAACUAUUGUUGUCCUUUAGCCGAAGAAACAAUAUAUACUGAUUCGCCAGUUAUAAAUCCUAUAGAGGAGGUUGAUUACCUUGGAUAUUAUUUUGAACUACUUGGGCGUGUAUUGGAACCUAUCGAGGAGGAUUAACCAGUACAACAAUUAACUAUUAACAACAACAACAAAAACAAUAUAUAUUCAUUCAAUUUUUUUUUAUUAAUAUUAUGUAUAUGUAGUAAUGUAUUUAUUUUUUUU